CUGCGGCGCGGCGGCGGCGGCCAUUGCGGGAGGAGGCGGCGGCCUCCUCUGCCUGCCGCCGGGCCUGAGGGCCGCGGAGCUGAAGGGCGCUUAAGCAAUUAAAUGAACGAGGGAGAGCCUCUUUUCCUCUGAUGCCUACGGAUGUUGCAUUUCACUUUCAGAACAUGCUGGAAUCCAGACUGUGCCAGAAGCAGGCUUUGGAGGAUGUGCAUAUACUGAAAAAUUGACUGAAUGGAAAGUUAAGGUACUGAUAUUGUAGCUUCUCUACUUCGAGUCAGUAUGUCCAAGAAAUCCCAGGCUCCGCUUUCCUUGUCUGACUGCCUCUGCCAGAUUUGCAUGGAGAUCUUUGUGGAACCCGUCACUUUGCCAUGCAGCCACACCCUCUGUAAUUCGUGUUUCCAGCUGACAGUCGAAAAGGCCAGUCUUUGUUGCCCGUUUUGUCGGCGGCGAGUCUCUUCCUGGGCACGGUACAAUGCCCGCAGAAACACUCUUGUCAAUUGGGAACUCUGGGAAAGGAUUCAGAAGCGCUAUCCAAAGGAGUGUGAGCGCAGGAUUAAUGGGCAGGAUUUGGAAGAGGAAUUCUGUGUCCCCCAUCCACAACACCAGCUUAGCAAGCCUGGGGAACUGAGGCAGGAAUAUGAAGCAGAGAUUAGUAAGGUGGAGGCAGAAAGGCGAGCACAUGAGCAAGAGGAGAACAAGGCAAGCGAGGAAUACAUUCAGAGGCUUCUGGCAGAGGAGGAGGAGGAGCACAGAUUGGCAGAAGAGAGACGGAGGGAGAUGGAGAAACAGCUGAAGCAAGAUGAGGAGUUUGCCUGGCAGUUGAGUAACAGUCUGAAUGAUGAUUCCAGUGGACAUGUGCUCAGGAGUCCUUCACCAGCAGGCAGACUCUCCUGUGAAACAUCUCCAGCUAAUUCGAGCAAGAUGAAGAACAAAUCGAGCAACUCUGGAGGCAUUCAGAAGUACUUGUCUCCAAAGCCUCAUCAUAUGCUGGAAUCGGGAUCAUUCUCCUCUGGUCUCACAGGAAGAGGCAGGAGUGACUGUGGCUCUAUGGAGACCAGCAGCAAUGAAGGCAGCAGUUCUGCAUGGCAAGAUAAGCAAGAGGAAAUGCCAACACUGUCUCCACAGCAGCCCAGUGUGAUUAAAGAUUCCAAUGCUAAGGAUUUGUUUCUGGAAUCAUGCAUGAACUAUUUCAGUGCUUCAGGGGAAACUGUCACUGUCAAGCAGGUAAAGACACCCAGAUCAAAUUGUCCAGAUGACAACGUUCCAGAUAUACUUCAUGGGAUCUCAGAAGAGGAAGGACCUACAACAGCUCUUUGUAGAUCCACAGGAGAAGAUGAUAAAAUUGAGUCAGAGAGUGGCAGUUUAACACAUGGAGAAAGCAUAAACCAUGAAAAUGCUGCUGAAACUUCUACCUGUAUUCAGUCAACACCAAGUCCUGUGCUAUCUGACAGCAAAAGUCUAACAUGUGAUCUUGUGAAGGUGGCUAGAUGCUCAAAAAAAGAGAAACCAGAGGGAUUACAAAACACCAAGGAGACUCCAAAAAGAAAGUCACUUGAGACACCAUCCGAAGCAGUGGUUGACUUGUGUGUGGUAGAUAAGAGGAGAAGAACUUUCCCAGAAAGUUUAGAGGAGCAAGGGGAGGAGAUAAAUUAUUUUAACUUGCAGAUGCAGAAAGCCUUUGAGCAGGAGCUCCAAGAAAGGCGUAUGCAAGAAGAGCAGGACAGGCUUCUGGCUCUCCAGCUACAGAAGCAGAUCAACAAGGAAGAAGGGACACUUAAUCGACAAAAAGGCUCUCCAGAUGAGUACCUUCUCCGCACCAAAUCACUUCAGUCUGUGAAAGACUCUUCUGCUAGAAAGGGAAGUUCUAAGAUGGCAAGAGACUCAAAGGUACAAAAGAACCAGGCUGAAGCAAGUCACCGCAAGACUCGCAAAGGUUCUUGCAAUGAAAACUGGCAGACCCCCACCAAAGCCCGAGUGAAACCUCCCAGCAUCAAAGGAGGGAAAGUUUUGAACUGUGUGGUUAAUACCAGUGACACAAACGAUCUUUGUUCACUACCUAAGAACAAGCAAAAGACCAUUCUUCAGAUGUUUAAAAGCUCUGUCACAGAGUAGAUCAGCAGAACCAGAACCAGGUGGUGAAAUGAGGAUUAAAGCCAUGGCAAUGUUUUCUCUGGUGUUAGGCAAAGCUUUCAGUAAACAGUUUAAAAGUUGUUGGUUUUGAGGGGGGUCAUUGUGGGCUACAAAAUGUUGUCUAUUUUGAGAAGCUUUAACAACAUAUGCCCCCAGACUGAAAAAAAAGUUUAAUUGGUCUUUUCUUGACUACAGCUAAUUUUCUAGCACUUGCAUUUCCAUAUUUUUGGAUGUGAAUGCUGUUAGUGUUUAAACAGAAUAUAACUGACCUUAAAAUGAGACUGUGCAGCCUUCUAUUUUCCAGAGGCAUGUAAGACAAGUGGAAUAAUGGGUCUGUCUUUCCAGUUGUCUGCCAGCUGCAAGGUUGAAGCUUGAAUUGGCACAGCCACUGUUCUGUUAAACUGCAGCAUGUUACUGCAGUUUAGGCUCUCUGUUGAGUUGCAUUGGUCACAUGGCAGUUAACAAUGGUCUAAGUGGACAGCCAGUCUUGCAGACACACUCUUUCCCUCUCCCUCUCACAUACAAACCAAUUUUUUAUGCAAAGAGGGGAAAACCAGGUGGUUCUCCCAAGGAUCUUUCAUGGAUGCCAGUAGUUUUAAGUGGUCACAGGCUUGUCUUUGCUCAAUACAGGUCAGUUCUGCAGAUUGUGGCUCUUGCUGUUGUUGGGAAAAAGGUACCUUCUGCGUUCUUCUUGCUGCUGUUCUGCAACUGGAUUCUUGUACAAUACUAUGACCUUUAUUUAGUCAUACUUAGUAUUUGUACUCAAAAUUAUUAAAACACAUAAUAUUAAAAAAAGUAGUUGCAUCAGAAGACAUUUCAAAUGGACAAAGCGAAACCAAAAGGGGAAAAAAACCCAACUGAAAGUCAGAGUUGUUAGUAAUGAUGUAACCAAUAAUUAAAGAGUCACAACUGCCAGGCCUGGUGGGAACUAUUUUCCCCUCAUUUUCAGAGGGACUGCUGAAUACUGUCUUCUAGGUGGGUUUAUAACAAAUACAAAUCAAAAGAACUACAGUUGAGAUAUCUGGGAAGUUGAGGCUGGUGAGGAGCUGACUAGCUGCUACCUGGCAGGGGUAUUACUCCUGCUAGGUUGUUACUGCUAUUACAAAGCCAUGUUUUGGCCUUUCUUUGCUUGUCAUGAGAUGUACUUUUCCACUGGACAUGUUGAAAAGAGAGCAAAUCACCAAUCUACAUCCCUGAAGUGUGUGUACUGAUCACCAAAGGCAGAAAAUGUUCUAAAUUGUGUUCUUUUUCCUGAACCCCAUUGGUGGUCUACAGACUUCAGGUCAGUUUGGGGAAAUUUGAAACAAAGUGCUUCAAGGCAGUAUCUUCUGCUGUUUUCAGUUUUACAAAACAAAACCUGGAAUUUUAAGCAGCACACUAAGCCAGAAAUGUGUUUGGUAUUUUUUUUUCACUGUGCCUACAUGUUUAUAGAAACAGUGAGCUUCUCAUCAAGAAAUCAUCUGUUCUAAGAUUGGCUUUAUGGAGAAAAUAACAAUAGGUGACCUGUUGCAAAUCAUUUACUUUUCCUUUUGCUGCCUCAGCCAUCACAUUGGAAGACUUCCUUCAAUACAGAUCUGUUUCUGUUCAAUCCUUACCUCUGUUCAGGAUGUUUUUUGUCUUACCCAUACAAUCCAAUUAUAACCAUUCAUUAAAGUAUGCUUAAAGAUA